UACGCUACUGUAUUUAUAUUGAACAUUUUCUUUCAGCAAACAUGCUGACAUAUUUUGUCGAUAUUAAAUUUUAAUACAUUUUUACUCGUACUUCACAAGUAAACAAGUUUUCAAAAAGUGAAAAGUUCUUGUAAAUUUGAACUACAUUCUAUUCAGUGGUACCUUAGCGUCCCGAAUAAUUCUUCAGUUGAACGCGAGAAAAAGCACACUUCGCCCAGUCAUGUCGAAUCAGGAUCUAGUAGAGCAAAUCUUAGAUGAUCACAAGGAAAUGCGGGCUUUCAUCGAUAAAAUCCAGCAGACCUGCCCAUCACAACCCGAAGAGGCCACAAAAUGGCUGCAUCAACUGGUGUGGGAGGUGGCUCGUCAUUCCGUGGCGGAAGAACUGAUUCUCUACCCCCUGAUGGAGACUGAACUGGGCGCCGUGGGGAAAAACCUGGCUGACAGUUCCCGUGCGGAUCACCAGCGCACCAAGGACGAUUUGCAGUUUCUGGAGAACAAGACCCUGGCGGAUCCCGCGGCGGUGGCCCGCUAUCGCCAGAUGGCUGACGAAUUGAUUGUGCACCUUAAGAAGGAGGAGGAUGAGGAUCUGACGCAGGUGCGACUAAAUGUCGGCCAGGACAAACUGCUGCAGGCGGGCAAAGAGUUCAAGCGGACCAAGUUUUUUGCGCCCACCCGACCGCAUCCAGAGAAUUCCAUGGAUCCGCGAUUUGAGACGCCGUAUAGUUUGCUGGUGGCGCCUCUGGAUAAACUGCGGGAUUUGUUUCGGAGUUUUCCGGAUCGGGAUCUGGUGGAGAAGGUGGAGGCGGAGGCCACCGGACAUUCGUAGACGCUCGGGAAAUUCCAACGGAAUUUUCCACUGUUAUCUGAUUUGUCAUGUUUGUGAAUCCUUGUUUGGCUUCCAGCUUUAUGAAGUGUUGUGUUAAUCAUGCUCGGUUCAGUAUGAUUUUUUCCAUGAUUUUUAAAAUGAUUUUCAUAAAUUAGGUUUUUCUUUGCUUUGGGACGGAAAUAAAUAAUGUUUCGAUUUCAUGCUACCGGUUAUUUUUUAUGAUACCUAAUUUAUGUAUGUUUGAUUUGAGUAAUAUUUGUAUGUCCUAUG